AUGGUGAAUGUUGAGGAUAUCGGAGUGGCUUCAGAGAAUUGCCUCCAUGCCAACGACGUUUGGAAGCUCGACAACCUACUCAAAGACUGUAUCGCUGCUGUUAUUGUCUUUGCCUAUGAGGUCUCUGAUAUCAUCACCCCAAAUUACAGGCUGAUGCUACCACUUCAUCCCCCGAGCCUUGAGAAACUAUGUCUCGACCAGGUCCUGAGAGCAACUAUCACAACCGCCAAUGUUGACAUUAAGGGGACCACGCCGUUGUCUUUAGCCCCCAGAGGAACGCAGCGUGACCGUGAUGAUAAUGUUGGGGACCUCAAUCUUCCUGCUAUUGACGGCUUGUGUAUAUCGGUAAUCGAUGUCGCAGUCCAUCACACCUACGGACAAGAUCUCUCCGCGCAUUUGAUAUUUGCUGAUGGGGCUGUUCAUCAGUUCGAUGAGACCGAGAUCCUCUGA